GGACUUUCUCCCCUUGAAUUAUUUCACUUAGCAUAAUACCCUCCACGCCCAUCCAUGCUGUCACAGAAGGCCAGAUCUCCUCCUUUCGGAUGACUGAGUAGUAUUGCACGGUGUAUAUAUGCCACAUUUUCCUCAUGGGUAACUAGGUUGCUUCCAAAUCUUGGCUAUUGUCAAAUAUGCUGCAAGUUACACAGGCAUGCUGACAUCUUUACCCAUUCGUGUUUUCACAUUCUUGAACACAUACCCUGUGGUGGAAUAGCUGGGUCAUACGGUAGUUCCAUUCUUAAUUUUCAGAGGAAUCUCCAUCCUGUUUUUCAUACUGGCUGCAUGGGUAUGCACUCCAAAGCAGCAGCGUAGGCAGGGUCCCUGGUCUCCACAUCCUCUGCAACACAUGUUUUGUCCUGUCUUGUUCAUUAGAGCCAUUCUGAUGACUGUGACAUGAGAUCUUGUGGUAGUUUUGAUUUCAACUUCCCUAAGAAGUGGUGAGAUUGAACAUCUUUUCAUGCGCCUGUUGGCCAUCUGUCUCUGUGGGUCUGGAGUGGAGAGAGUCACUGAGGUGUGAGUGCCCCCGAAGUCAGUCAGCCAGUGCUCUGAGGCUUCCUGCCUGGCUGCCGCGCACUGUCUUUACAGGUCGUUCCUCAGGAGGUCGGAAAGGACAAGACACAUCAGUCCUUCCUCUCCCUGACUAUACAGGAAGGGAUGAUGCGGCACCCGGCCGACACAAGCCAGCGCUGGUCCUGGGCUCUCCACACAUCCACAGUGGACAAGAGAUCGUUUCCCCGGCUGUGGACAGUUCACAACACUCCACUCGAGCGUCUGGUGGCUCACCUUGUGCCCGCCUUCCUGCUGUGCGACACCACUUUUAUCCACAGCUUCCUUUCGACAUACACAGAUGUGGCCACCACACAAGAGGUGCUAGAUGAGUUCUUUAAUAGUUACAGAUUCAUCCUCUUUUGUAGAGUGGACGACGCGCCCACCCGCCUAUGGAAAAAGGCCUUGGCCUUCAUUCUCAGCAUGUGGAUGGAAUCCUAUCCCCAGGACUUUUUCCAGCCCCCAGACUUUCCGAGCUUGAGAAGGGUAUUGGCCUUCCUUGCGUUCAGCAUGCCAGGCUCGCAGGUGGAGCAUCAAGCUCGCCUUCUGCUUUCACAGUUGCUGCACCCUGAGCCCAGCGAGGCAGAGAGUCAGGCACCAGCUCCUGAGAAAGAUCCCAACCCAGAUGAACAUCGCCCCCCUUCUCCAACUCUAGUGCCCACCACACCUCAGAGCCACAGAUCGACGUCCAGCGCCGCAGCCGCCUCGAGUCUCAGCCUGGAUUGCACUUCAAGCAAUGGAAAGACCAUUCACGUCCUCCCAGCAACGAGCCUCAGCCCCUGCACCGUGGUCCCACCACUGAUUUCCGCCCCUUCCCCUUUACCACCAGUUCAUUAAAGUUCUGUUUUGUCU